ACACAGAAGAGUUUAACUUUUGUGCUUCUGGGCGGAGGUAUGGUCCUUGGGACAGUUCUCCUUCCACCUAAUAGUUAUGGCAGAGAUCAGGACACUUCACUUUGCUGCCUGUGCACUGAGGCCUCAGAGUCUACUCUAUCCGACAUGACAGAAGCUUUGCAUCGUCCCUAUGGUUGUGAUGUUGAACCCCAGGCACUAAAUGAAGCUAUCAGGUGGAGCUCCAAGGAGAACUUGCUCGGAGCCACCGAGAGUGACCCUAAUCUCUUUGUUGCACUUUAUGAUUUUGUAGCAAGUGGUGAUAACACACUCAGCAUCACUAAAGGUGAAAAGCUACGAGUUCUUGGUUACAACCAGAAUGGAGAGUGGAGUGAAGUUCGCUCUAAGAAUGGGCAGGGCUGGGUGCCAAGCAACUACAUCACCCCAGUGAACAGCCUGGAAAAACACUCCUGGUACCACGGACCUGUGUCACGCAGUGCAGCUGAGUAUCUGCUCAGCAGUCUCAUCAAUGGCAGCUUCCUGGUGCGAGAAAGUGAGAGUAGCCCUGGGCAGCUGUCCAUCUCGCUCAGGUACGAGGGACGUGUGUAUCACUACAGGAUUAACACCACUGCAGAUGGCAAGGUAUAUGUGACUGCUGAGAGCCGCUUCAGCACCUUGGCAGAGCUUGUACACCAUCACUCCACAGUGGCUGAUGGGCUGGUGACAACAUUACACUACCCAGCACCCAAGUGUAAUAAGCCUACGGUCUAUGGUGUGUCCCCCAUCCACGACAAAUGGGAAAUGGAACGAACAGAUAUUACCAUGAAGCACAAACUUGGGGGCGGUCAGUAUGGAGAGGUUUACGUUGGCGUCUGGAAGAAAUACAGCCUUACAGUUGCUGUGAAAACAUUGAAGGAAGAUACCAUGGAGGUAGAAGAGUUCCUAAAAGAAGCUGCAGUAAUGAAGGAAAUCAAGCAUCCUAAUCUGGUACAACUUUUAGGUGUCUGUACUUUGGAGCCACCAUUUUACAUUGUGACUGAAUACAUGCCAUAUGGGAAUUUGCUGGAUUACCUCCGAGAAUGCAACCGAGAAGAGGUGACUGCAGUUGUGCUUCUCUACAUGGCCACUCAGAUUUCUUCUGCAAUGGAGUACUUAGAGAAGAAGAAUUUCAUCCAUAGAGAUCUUGCAGCUCGUAACUGCCUAGUGGGAGAAAACCAUGUGGUAAAAGUGGCUGACUUUGGCUUAAGUAGAUUGAUGACUGGAGACACUUAUACUGCUCAUGCUGGAGCCAAAUUUCCUAUUAAGUGGACAGCACCAGAGAGUCUUGCCUACAAUACCUUCUCAAUUAAAUCUGACGUCUGGGCUUUUGGGGUACUGUUGUGGGAAAUUGCUACCUAUGGAAUGUCACCGUAUCCAGGUAUUGACCUGUCUCAGGUCUAUGACCUACUAGAAAAAGGAUAUCGAAUGGAACAGCCUGAGGGAUGCCCCCCUAAGGUUUAUGAACUUAUGAGAGCAUGCUGGAAGUGGAGCCCUGCCGAUAGGCCCUCUUUUGCUGAAACACACCAAGCUUUUGAAACCAUGUUCCAUGACUCCAGCAUUUCUGAAGAGGUAGCUGAGGAGCUUGGGAGAGCCGCCUCCUCGUCAUCUGUUGUUCCGUACCUGCCCCGGCUACCUAUACUUCCUUCCAAGACUCGGACACUGAAGAAACAGGUGGAGAACAAGGAGAACAUUGAAGGGGCACAGGAUGCCACAGAAAAUUCUGCUUCCAGUUUAGCACCAGGGUUCGUCAGAGGUGCACAGGCCUCCAGUGGAUCCCCAGCACUGCCUCGAAAGCAAAGAGACAAGUCACCCAGCAGCCUCUUGGAUGAUGCCAAAGAGACAUGCUUCACCAGGGAUAGGAAGGGGGGCUUCUUCAGCUCCUUCAUGAAAAAGAGAAAUGCUCCCACACCCCCCAAACGCAGCAGCUCCUUCCGAGAAAUGGAGAAUCAGCCCCAUAAGAAAUACGAACUCACGGGGCUUCCAGAGCAGGAUAGGAUGGCAAUGACCCUUCCCAGGAACUGCCAGAGGUCCAAACUCCAGCUGGAAAGGACAGUGUCCACCUCUUCUCAGCCAGAAGAGAAUGUGGACAGGGCCAAUGACAUGCUUCCAAAAAAAUCAGAGGAAGGUGCUGCUCCAAGCAGGGAGAGACCAAAAGCCAAGUUAUUGCCCAGAGGAGCCACAGCUCUUCCUCUCAGAACGCCCUCUGGGGAUCUAGCCAUUACAGAGAAGGACCCUCCAGGGGUGGGAAUGGCUGGAGUGGCAGCUGUCCCCAAGGGCAAAGAGAAGAAUGGUGGGGCACGACUUGGGAUGGCUGGAGUUCUAGAGGAUGGAGAGCAGCCAGGCUGGCCUUCUCCAGCCAAGGCUGCCUCCGUCCUCCCAACCGCUCACAACCACAAAGUGCCAGUCCUUAUCUCACCCACUCUGAAACACACUCCAGCUGACGUGCAGCUCAUUGGCACAGACUCUCAGGGGAAUAAAUUCAAGCUCUUAUCUGAGCAUCAGGUCACAUCCUCUGGAGACAAGGACCGACCCCGACGGGUAAAACCAAAGUGUGCCCCACCCCCACCACCAGUGAUGAGACUACUGCAGCAUCCGUCUAUCUGCUCAGACCCUACAGAAGAGCCGACUGCCCCGACUGCAGGACAGUCCACGUCAGAAACACAGGAAGGAGGAAAGAAGGCAGCUCUGGGUGCAGUGCCUGUCAGUGGGAAAGCUGGGAGGCCAGUGAUGCCUCCACCUCAAGUGCCUCUGCCCACAUCGUCCAUCUCGCCAGCCAAAAUGGCCAACGGCACAGCAGGUACUAAAGUGGCUCUGAGAAAAACCAAACAGGCCGCUGAGAAAAUCUCAGCAGACAAAAUCAGCAAAGAGGCCCUGCUGGAAUGUGCUGACCUACUGUCCAGUGCAAUCACGGAACCUGUGCCCAACAGCCAGCUGGUAGACACUGGACACCAGCUGCUCGACUACUGCUCAGGCUAUGUGGACUGCAUCCCUCAGACUCGCAACAAAUUUGCCUUCCGAGAGGCUGUGAGCAAACUGGAACUAAGCCUGCAGGAGCUACAGGUGUCUUCAGCAGCUGCUGGUGUGCCCGGGGCAAACCCUGUCCUUAAUAACUUAUUGUCAUGUGUACAGGAAAUCAGUGAUGUGGUGCAGAGGUAGCCACUGUUAGCCUGGUGGGAAAAUGCACACAUUUCUGAGGGGAGAGGGAAAGGGACUUGUUUUCCUGUGUUCUUGUUUUCAGAAAAUGAAAGACUCAUACUUGAGUGUGUUUAUGUGAAGUACCUCAGAUCCCUGAGUUCUCACGUUUACAGUUUCAUCUCAAAAAUAAGAAGCAAACCACAUAAGUAUAGGAGAGGUAAAUUAAGUGGGGGCGAGGCAGUCGUGGACAGGGUUGGAAACUGCACUGGAAAAUAGGGAACAUGUGUAUGUCAUAAGGAAGGCAAUGCAGCCCAUCCCUACCUGGGAUGCUGGGAGGUGCUAGGCAGGGCUGCUCUCAGCAAGACCACAGCAGCUGCACCCAGACCUGGGGCUCUGGUAGGUACCAAUGGUGAUUAUGCUUCAAUUUACCUAAUGAAUUUGGUGGGACAGAAGAAAGGAAAGCUGGGAAUAUACCCAGAGAAAUUUUUGUUCAGGACUGUUGGAAGCAGAUGUUAGCCUUGCUUGCUUCCACAAGGCCAUUGCUGCUGUAAUAAGAACUGCAAAUCAGAGCACUACAACACAAAACUGGGAAAUGUGGCCCUAUCUGAAUGCCUCUGUCCUGUUUUCCGCUGGUGUAUUAGUGCAGGAAGUAAAGAAUGCUGGAAAGUUGAAGCAGGGGAUUGAAAACCUUCUGAAAUCUUACACAGAUUAGCAGAAGUCACUUCUCCCAGUCUGGUAUAUUAUUUCAUAAUGGACCAGGAUCGGCUUCCUGCUUGUUGGUGGCUAUCUGUAAACCAUAAGUACAGGGGUCUCCCUAGUGGUUCUUCUCUGUCUUUUGCUGGGCAGGCUGUCUUCCUUUAUUCCUGGUAGCAUUCAGAGCAUUAACCAGUGUUGAUUUUGAAAAUAGUAGUCCCUACAGAUUCUCACAAGGGAAUGAAUCCUGUUGGGAUACAGUUCCCCUGCAUACUGACAUACUGGCCAAGGACUUGAGCAGCUGUGUAUUUUUCUUUAUUAACUAAAAUACCAGGGAGAUGGUCUUUUCUUGAAACCCGGUGGCCUGUGACUAGGAGGAAAAGCUGGCUUGGUCCUAAUGGCUGUUUCUCUACCUUUCCCCUCCCUUAUCACCUUAAGCCCAAUCUAGGUAGAGAAUAGGGAGAGGCAUUCUCCUCUGUGUGGAUUUGAAGUGAAUCACCCCCACGUUAUUCUCACGUGCUUUUCUUCUCUCACAUAUUCGUCCCUACCCCCCACCCAAUCAUUGUGCUUAUUUGUACAGAUCUUAUUGGGAAUAUUCUUUAUUUAUUUUGUCAUUUCACUUCUAUUUUAAGAAUGCAUAAUUGGAGAGUAGUCAUUUUCAGGGAGCACCAGUUAGACCCUGGGAACCUAAUGACUUAAUCCUUAAAUAUGUUUUGCCCUUGAAAAAUAGGCCUUUUCCUUCCCUACUUAGUUAUAAUUGUGGAAGCUAAUUAGGAUGGCAUGGAAGUGAAUCUAAUGAGUUAGGUAUUAUUAAUGUUCUUGGUAUUGGGUCUAAUUCCAAUUACUGCUUCAUUCUCUUUUUAGAGCUUUAUGAAUACUUCCCCCAUCCUCCCCAAGGAGAGCUCAAUACACACGUAUUUUUAUUUUGUUCUCUCAAAGGAAUAUUAGCUUAGGAAGAUAGGAAUUCAACAUUAAGCAGUGAGUUUUCUUCCUGGCUCUGUCACUGAUACAGUGUCAAACCACAGCCCCAUCUCUUAAUCUGUUCAAUUAAGGUAAUAGUGCAUGUUCUCAAGGGUGUUGCAAAUAAGUGUACAGCUAUCCCUUUGAGAGCCUCUCUGGAAAGCCCUUUCAGUGCAGUGUUGUCAUGCUGAAUGGUUUUUCAUUCUCUUAUUUGCUGAGUAGAAAAUAUUAAUGAAAUUAAGAAUUGCUGCGAUUAUAUUAAUUGGGCUGGAAUACUAAGGGGGAAACUAUGUUUUGAAUUGAGUUUGGCAUUUUUGACCAAGAACAAAAUUGAGUUUUCAUUGGAAAGAAAGGAAACCUUGAUUCUUACCAUUGCUGCUCCAAAGGAGGCCCAGGUUAAGAAGAUUGGAGGAGACAAGCGGUGCUGGGCAUUCCUGGCAGGUGUUGGGUGAUCCCCGCAGUACGUCGCCUGCAGCUGCAGCACAGGCAGCUAGUGAUCAGGUUCAUCUCCUCGUAGUGGUUGGAAGAGAACUCAGAUGUGAAAACCAGCCGUCCUUUUCCCACCUUCUUUCCUGCCAUUCUCGCUCAUCAUACUUGUCCAUAAACUUGAAGAACUCGUUUUAGCAGUUAGCCUUUUAAGGUCGAGGAUGGGAAAGCUAAAACUUCAGAAUAUUAUUAUGCUGCUUUUUAGGUUUAUCCCUGUUGUUGUGGGAUGCAAGUUAAGGGAUUAUAAUUGUUUUUCAGGGUUUUUUUGUUCUUUGUUUUUUAAGCAAGGGCUCUAUUUUCCCUUGAGAGUUCUGGAAAUAAGCCUUGGAGAAACACUACUGAGUGUAUGUAGGCUCCCUGGUUUUCUCGCCCAACAACAAUCUGAAGGGUAGGGGUGGGGGCUGUGUCUUACUCAGGGGCAGCACCUAGCUCUGUCUUGCCUACAGUGGGUGCACAAUACAUAAAUGGAAUUGAUUUUUGUCAACACUGUCAAGAGUGGCAUUGACUGUUGGAGCACACCCCGUCCACAUGAUGCUUGAACUAUGUAACUUCAGGGGUUGAGGGCUCAAGGUUCAGGUUAAAGAGGCACUGUCAACUUACUGUACAAGCAUAAUUUAGGUUUUUCCUUUUUCUACUUGAAAAGGACCAGCUUAAACACAAACCCUUAUGUGAAUUAAAAGGUUUUAAUCCAAAGCAGAGAAAACUGCUUCUAGAAACUAAAAGUGUAGUUUAAUUUUAGCUAUUCUAAAAGCAGUGAGAAAAGGCCCACGUACAAGGCAUUGGCAAUUUUCUAACGUGGUUAUGCUGUGUAUCUGGAUGCAUGCCUUUGGGCUGCCACUGCUUGAUUCCUUUCAUGUACAGAUAAUAUUAUUUCAGUUUAGAUUUCCUACUUUAAAAUGCCGUGAUUUGUGUUGAAUACAUCUUGAUUGUGCUUUACCUAAAGUAUUUUCUUAAAAGGCUUUGUGUAAAAUUUAAAUGUAUAUAUUUUCCUGUAGACUUCCAUCAUGAUUUUCAGAGAUUAGCCUUAAAAAAUUUGGCCCUAAGAAACUCAUUCAGUGUUUUUCUAGAUGACCUCUGUACGUAGAGGUCGUUACAGUGGAGACCCUUUACCAGCAGCAUUUUAGGAUUUAAAUUAGAUGGAGAGUUUCUUAGGAUUCAACUGAAAGUUGGCCAGUAAAAUAUUUCCCAGGUAAUAAAGCAUGCUGACUUUGCUAAGGCACUGCCCAUUUUUGUUUAACUAAAGUCAUGGAGAUUUUGAGUUUAAAGGAUGCAGUAUAGAUAGUGGUUUAGUGUUUAGGCUCUAAUGCCGGUCUAAAAGGCAAGUCAUUUAACUUUGGGAGCCUCAGUUUCCUCAUUGUAAAACAGGGAUAAUAAUAGUAACUACCUCAGGGUUGUUGUAAGGAUUAAAUGAGAUGAUAUUUGUAAGAUACUUAGCUCAAGUGCCUGGCACACAAUGAGCACACUCUAUAAAUGUUAAACUGCUACUACUAUUAUUAACAGCCAGUCUAGGGAUGCACAGCAGGAUCCCCUAGGG